GGAUUCCAAAACAUGGUUCGGACAGCGGCGACGAGUGGUCUGCAGCAGCUGGUCAUCAGCGCAACCCUGCUGUCCCUGGCAUCACUGGGCUGCGCAGGGGCGUUGCCUCUGAUGUCCCACUACGACCCGUUGAUUGCAGAAGAAAGCCAGCCGCAGGAGCAGCAGCAGCUGUCGAUUGCGCCUUUCGUAGUGACAGCACCAAUGACCCAACAAGGGCGCGAAAGACAGCCAGACACUUCUGACGAACAGCAAGAACUGCCGGCGCUCGCCGUACGACAUGGGCCGCAGUACAGCGGGCUGCCCACAUCGCAGCCAGCCAAGAGGCACGCUCACCAAGAGCCAGUGAGAGCAGUCAUUCCACAGCCGACACGCUACCAGCAGUCACCGGCCACAGCGGAGGCAUCGUACGCACCAUCAGGAUCGGCACGGCACGCAGACCUGCAAGGGUCCGCCACCGGCUACGGCCACCAGGCCGAAGGCUACCUCGACAUGGGUGCUUACUCAAGCGGCUACGGUGCCUUCGGCUGGUACGCCGAUUACCCAGUCGGCGGAGGGUAUCACUGAGCCCGAGUGAGACAUUUGCGUAGUCAAGGAGCACAGGAGGCACGCGUCAAUAUCUUGGCAAAUAUCUCUAAAGAUUGCACAGCUGCCUUAGUUCUUCACAAGAAAAUCGGCAAAAGAUUUCAGUUGACAUUAAGAGAAAGCAAAUGAAGCUGGGUGGGCCAAGUAAUGUGAAGGGCAGACGACCGAUGAUCUAUUAUAGUUACAGAGCGGAUGACAAGGGAAGGGAAGCGUGCACAGUCGCACACGCUUAGAUAAUUAGGUGGUGUAAUGAAAUUUGGAAAUUUGCAGGCAUAAGACGGGGCCAGACGAUCCAGAAAAUGGGUAAUUGGAGAUCGUUGGAAGAGGCUUUCAUCCUGCAGCCGACAUAAAUAGGCUGAUGAUGAUGAUGAUGAUGAUGGGCUAGACUGUGUCAGGAUAGACUGAUGAAUUACGUACCUGGGAUUUUGAGUGUCUUACGGUUAGCUUAACGGUAAACCAUAGUGCGUCGGAAAAUUAAAGCGUGCAAGGCGGCGCCAGUUUGUGCAUUUCCUGGAAGUUUCUCUUUGCGAUGUCAUAGAAUGUGGCUAAUGACUACCAAGAACUGCUUGAUUUCUUAAUGACAAAAUAAUUUUUAAAAAGCAACGUAACCACGUAGAAAUACAACCAACCAAACAAAAACAAAUAGCCAGCCUGGAAAAACCUACAUAAGAGAUCAACAUAUGUCUUUUAAAAGACUCCAGAAUUUGCAAAUGGAGCUCGGUAUUACGCCAAUGCUGCCGUGGGUCCGACGUGUGAGAGAUUGCUGGACAUAAGUUCCGCGCUCGAUCGGGCUUUUCUUCACCUAAUUUUUCAACUGCAUAAUCCCGACAACAAGGAGGGUCCUAAGAAUGUAAUGCCUGGUAAUGCUACCAGUCCGACCUGCUUUAACGUUUGGCUUCACUGCCGAACUCUUUAAGUGUAAAGUGCUAAAGCACGUCAAAGGGGCUACAUCUCGUGGGGGUUGCUAGUGGGUUUGUAUACAGUAAAUGCAGUGAGAUUAUGUAGGCAGAUUUGACGCUGCUUCCUGCCACGACUUUUGAUAUCACUAGUAAAUAUUUUUUAAGACUGCCUAACAUGUAUUAGCAGGCGUCCAAAGAACGACUACGGAGCAACUUGAGAGAGGGGAGCUUCCAAUAGUUCUAUAGUGUCUGUCGAAACAUUUCACAAGCAGAUGCCGAGAGAAUUAUGUUUAUAGAGAUGUCAACUUCUAUUUCUCCUUCGCUUUUCUCUAUAUUAAGUAAUGUAAUCUUUUUUUUAAUCGCAUCUUAUACCAUUGCGCCAUCCAAUAUGCACAAGUUCAAAUGACACUAACGUGGUGAUUGUUCAGGACUAUGAGCACACAAAUUGAUGGGAGGAUGAAAGCACCGAAAAACUGAAAGAUUAAUUCAUAAGAAUGAGGAGAUGAGUAUUGCAUGAAAGCUCACAUUUUAUUCAACAGAAACCGGUAUCUGAAUACGCAAGAUCACGAGUCGCGAGCUUUUGUAAAAUAUGCACAUUUGUUUCACAUGAAU